UUAGUGCGCCAGAGAGGCUUUCUGUGGACCGAGACUGUGUAGUCAGAGGAGGCAGAAGACGCUAAACAUAUAAUUUACAAAUUAUUUAAUCGGUGGAAACGGUAAGCGGAUAAUUUAGUUAACGAAGAGGAGGAUAUAACGUGAUUCGACUCAUUUGCGGAGAAGAGCUUCUCUCUGCAGCCAUGGCUUCUUCACACAACCUGAGCGGGUUGAAACGGGAAGAAAAGGGGAGAAACAUCCAGGUCGUUGUCAGAUGCAGGCCUUUUAACACAACGGAGCGCAAGACGUCCCACGGGGUCCUGGAAUGUGAUCCAAACAGGAAGGAGGUGCUCGUGAAGACAGGAGGGAUAAACGACAAGGCGUCAAGAAAGACCUACACGUUUGACAUGGUGUUUGGUCCGGCUGCCAAGCAGAUUGAUGUGUACAGAAGUGUUGUUUGCCCCAUUCUGGAUGAAGUCAUCAUGGGAUACAACUGCACUGUUUUUGCUUACGGUCAGACUGGAACAGGAAAGACGUUCACCAUGGAGGGAGAGAGGAGUCCAGACGAGGAGUUCACCUGGGAGGAGGACCCUCUGGCCGGCAUCAUCCCCAGAACGCUGCACCAGAUCUUUGAGAAGCUCUCUGAGAACGGCACAGAGUUCUCCGUCAAAGUCUCACUGCUGGAGAUCUACAACGAGGAGCUGUUCGACCUGCUCAGCCCCACCGAGGACGUCAACGAGCGGCUGCAGCUCUUUGACGACCCGCGGAACAAGCGUGGCGUGGUGGUGAAGGGUCUGGAGGAGGUGACAGUUCAUAACAAAGAUGAAGUUUAUCAGAUUCUGGAGAGAGGAUCAGCCAAGAGGAGGACGGCGUCCACGCUCAUGAACGCCUACUCCAGUCGCUCCCACUCUGUGUUCUCCGUCACCAUCCACAUGAAGGAGAUGACUCUGGAUGGAGAGGAGCUGGUGAAGAUCGGAAAACUCAAUCUGGUGGAUCUUGCCGGCAGUGAGAACAUCGGGCGUUCGGGCGCGGUGGACAAGCGAGCUCGAGAGGCGGGAAACAUCAAUCAGUCUCUGCUGACGCUGGGCCGAGUGAUCACGGCUCUGGUGGACAAAAGGCCUCACAUCCCGUACAGAGAGUCUAAGCUGACCAGAAUCCUGCAGGACUCUCUGGGAGGACGAACCAAAACCUCCAUCAUCGCCACCGUGUCGCCGUCCUCCAGCAACCUGGAAGAGACUCUGAGCACGCUGGAGUACGCCAGCAGAGCCAAGAACAUCAUGAACAAACCCGAGGUCAACCAGAAACUCACCAAGAGGACGCUCAUCAAGGAAUACACGGAAGAGAUCGAGCGCCUGAAACGCGACCUGGCCGCCACUCGAGACAAAAAUGGAGUUUAUAUUUCUGCAGAGAACUACGAGAGUAUGAUGAGUCAGAUCAGUGCUCAUGAGGAGCACACAGUGGAGUACACGGACAGGAUCGCUGCCAUGGAGGAGGAAAUCAAGAAGGUGACGGAGCUGUUUAUGGACAGUAAAACCAAACUGGAGCAGUGCGCUGUGGACCUGGAUGAAAAGCAGCAGAGGCUGGAGGAGACGAGCAAAGACCUGCAGGAAACCAAAGAGAAGCUGAGUCAGGAGGAGUUCAUCUGCUUGGAGCUCACCUCGGUGCAGGAAACCCUCUACAGCACAGCGGGACAGCUGCUGAGCGCGGCGGAUGCCAGCACCAGUGACGUGUCGGGUCUGCAUGACAAGCUGGACAGAAAGAAAAAGGUGGAGCAGCACAACAGUCAGAUCCAGCAGAGCUUUUCUGAGCGAAUGGAGGGAGCGUUCAGCAACAUGCAGCGCUGCGUUCAGCAGCAAGGAGCCAAACACCACAGCAUGCUCAGCAGCUACUCGCAGGCCAUCGACGGUGUGCUUGUGAUGAACGAGGCGGCGUUGAAGGGAGCUCUGAGCACCGUGGAGUCCUUCGUGGGCGGAGUCGGGCAGCUGGUGUCGGAGGGUGUGGCUCGCUGUCAGGACAGAGUGAAGCAGCAGGAGGCGCUGUGUCAAAAGGACAGGGAGAGCCUGCUGCAGCUGCUGGAGGAGCACCGACAGGACAUGGAGGAGGUGCUGGUGAUUCGGACUCUGAUGGGUCUGUCAGCUGUUAAGGAGCUCAACGACACUCUGAGAGCUACCGUGGAGACGCAGCGAGCGCUGGCCGACAAGGUGGAGGCGAUGAAGGAGGCGGGCGCGUUCUUCGGUGGUUUGGUUCGGGAGCUGGCCGGGCUGCGGGAGGAGGCCGUGCAGAGUCUAAGCUCCCUGCAGGCCGAACAUGACAAGCUGGAGGACGAGAUCAGACAAGCACAGGACAGACACCAGACGGGUAUGAAGCAGACCAUCCAGUGUCUGCAGGACCAGCUCAACCUGCUCUCCAUGGAGGCUCAGAGGGACUUCACCGACCUGCGCUCAGCCUCCAAAGCUCUGCAGAAACCUCUACAGACUCUGCAGGAGAACAUCACCAGCGGCUGCACUUCAGUUGAGCAUCAGGCCUCGGCCCAGGCAGACCUCCUCUCCUCCACCUCCUCCUCUCUCGCCUCCUCUCUGCGUCUGACUGCUGACGAGAGCCAGCAGGCCCUGGAGGAGAUGACGGGCUGCUGCUCGCACCUUCACAGCUCUGUGUCCGGUUUGAUCGAACGUGACGUCCAGUGGAGCUCCAGAGUCAGGGAGCACGCAGAGAGUCAAGCCCAGGAACACCUCUCCCUGACGGGGAAGAUUUCCAGUGAAGCUCAGACGCUCCAUCAGAGUGUGGAGUUGCGCUGCAGUGAACAGCUCCGAACAGCCAAAGAGGAGCUCUCCGGUCUGCAGGAGGACGUGAAGCGGGCUCUGGUGGCCGUGCAGAACCAGACCUCCCAGGACCGGACUGUCCUGGACCAACAGCAAGCCGAGCUACGGGACCACGUGGAGACAAGCCAACAGCUGGUUCACGGCUUCCUGCAGGAGGAGCUGCAGCAGGAUGUUCCCACAGGUGCCACCCCUCAGCGUCGGGAGUUUGUGUAUCCCCGGCGGCUGCAGAAGUCGCGUCGGCGAAGUGAGCUGCUGGAGAUCCUGAGGCAGCAGGAGGAGCUGCAGGCCGCCAUGGAGGAGAAGGAGGAGCAGGAGCAGGAGGAGGAAGACAAACUCAGCCAAGUUGAUCACGACUCCAUAGAGGACGAGCUGAGCACUUGUAAUGAGAGCUUGGCCACAGAGCCGUCCUUCAACGACGAGAACCUCGUCUUCAACGAGAGCAAACGCGUCCCCUUCUUCAAGCAAAAGAAAGGCGGCAAGAAGGAGACAAAGAUCCCCGCCAGGCCGAAAGCAACAGAAAACGAAGCCUCAACACCUCAGAAAUCCAGACUCCCACUCCGCUGUCAGAACUAAAACUGUUUUAAUAUAUUAUUCUGAAACAAAAUUAUUACUGUCCUACUCUUUGUUUUUUAAAUCUUUUUUGUUGUCUUAAUGUGGAUAUUGUGUAAUGAAGUAUCAGUUGUUUAAGCAGCAUAAUGGUCUCGAAGUUUUCAAGUUGCUUGUAAAAU